CCUAAGUCGAGCCCGGACGCGUGCUGCCCAGUACUGGCGACCGCGCAGCCCAAGCCUUGCACUCGCGGACGCACGUCACGCCAGCCCGCACACUCGCACACCCGCGUGCUCGCGGAAAGGCUAGCGACCUCGAAAGUGAUCCAUCGCAUAUACUCGCGCCCUCGCAGGAAAUGCCGCGACCUCGAGAGUCCGCGCAUGCCUGCGCAGCGCUCGAUCGCCCAACGCCUACACUCGCGACCACGCGAGUUCCAUAUGCGCAAGCCCGCGACCGCGCGAAUCUGCCAGCGACGUCGAGAGCUUCUUUUUCCCAGCGUCCGCGCCGCGAAUCUUCACGCGAGCCCGAGACUGCCCGCCAAUGCCCGCGCCUGUACUGACGCUCCGCACGCACCAACCAUUCGCACGCCUGCGACCACGCAGAUAUGCACGCGAGUUCGAGAGUGUCUCCGCGCCCGUGCAACCGAGGCAACGCGGCCGGUGGUGGUGGUGGACUCGCAGGAGGCCGGCGUGAGGCUCGUCCACAUGCUGAUGGCGUGCGCGGAGGCCGUACAGCAGGGGAACGCGAAGCUGGCCGAUGCCCUGGUCAAGAACAUCGGCGUGUUGGCCGUAUCUCAGGUGGGGGCCAUGAGGAAGGUGGCCACAUACUUCGCCGAGGCCCUGGCCCGAAGGAUCUACCGGAUUCGCCCGCCGGAAUCCCUCGGCCCCUCGUACAGCGACAUUUUGCAGACCCAUUUUUACGAGACGGGGCCUUAUCUCAAAUUCGCGCACUUCACGGCCAACCAGGCGAUUCUCGAGGCGUUCGCCGGAGCUGAUAGGGUCCACGUGGUCGAUUUCAGCCUGAAACAGGGGAUGCAGUGGCCAGCCUUGAUUCAGGCUUUGGCCGUGCGGCCCGGCGGCCCGCCAGUUUUUAAGCUGACGGGGAUAGGGCCGUCCCAGCCCGAUAACGGUGAGGCCUUGGAGCAUGUGGGUCUGAAAUUGGGACAGCUGGCGGAGACUAUAGGGGUCAAGUUCGAAUUUCGUGGCGUAGUGGCUAAUUUCUUGGCCGAUCUGGAUCCGAGCUUGUUUGGUGGCGGGCCCGGAGAGGGCGAGUCGCUGGCCGUGAACUCUGUUUUCGAGCUUCACGGGCUUUUAUCCAGGCCCGGUGAGAUUGACAAGGUUCUGGGUUUAAUCCGAGCGAUGAAGCCGGUAAUCGUGACGGUGGCCGAGCAGGAGGCGAACCACAACGGUGGCAGUUUUAUGGAGAGGUUCGACGAGGCCCUCCAUUACUACUCCACCAUGUUCGACUCGCUCGAGGGAUUCGGGCCGACGCGGCCCGAAACCCAGGACCUGGCGAUGACGGAGGUGUACCUCGCGCGGCAGAUAUGCAACGUGGUGGCGUGCGAGGGGGAGGAGCGGGUCGAGCGGCACGAGCGUCUGGAACGGUGGCGGCGGCGGUUGGGGGCCGCGGGGUUCGAGCCGGUCCACCUGGGCUCGGAUGCUUUCAGGCAGGCUGGCUUGCUGCUGGAGCUCUUCGCCGGCGGGGACGGGUACAGCGUGGAGGAGAACGGCGGGUGUUUGAUGCUGAGCUGGCACACGCGGCCCCUCAUCGCCACCUCGGCGUGGCGGCUGGCGGCAGGGGGAGCUGGGGGCUAG